UAUUGUGUGUUACUCAGGGAGAAGACACUGUCGUCUGCUACGGUCCGAACACUUAACAAGUAAUAUUAGUUGAUAUGCGCGAAUAGCCGGUGGAGUUCAUUCUGUCUAAAUGAGCUGUUGAAGGUGUUGUGCUCGUCGACGCCAUAAUGUCUUCGUCAACUGAAGCUAAAAAAAAUGCUGGUUCAUUGUCGUCAACGGAGUGUCCGGUCUGUAAUCAGCUAGUCGUUUCGGACCUAAUCAAUCAGCAUCUAGAUCGCUGUUUAAAGACGGGAACUUCACAGAAAAAUUCAAAGAGUCCAAAGGACUCUCCUCGAAAGUCACCAUCGAGAAAAAAAAAAACCGGAACAGUCUCCGCCACUAGCAUAUCUCCACCCAACACCCCCAAAGGCUCGUCAACCUCAAAGAGUCUCAACAGCACGACAAUCCACCCAUUUUUUCAAUCUCGAACCCAGAAGAAAGAUACCCGUAUAUCUUGGACGUCUUCCUCCGCAAAGAAAUUUCGAACAGACAUUAUAGACUUAGAAGACGACUCUGGCUCACCAAAAGACGACAUUGUCAAAUUUGAGGAAGGAUCUAUAAAUGAUCGAGCGGAAUCGAAAAAAAACAAAUUCGGUCAAGCUGGCACAUCAUCAAGCUUCGUGAACGGAAUGUCGUGUCCUGACUCAGCCGCUGUGCUGAGCAGAUCGUCAAUAGGUGACAAACAAACAAAGGAUACUAAGUUCAAACCAUUAGCUGAGGUUAUGCGUCCGACGAGACUUGAUGGCUAUGUAGGUCAAGAUGACGUUGUAGGAGAAAAGACUCUUCUACGGAAACUUAUUAACAGCGAGUACAUGCCAUCUAUUAUUCUUUGGGGACCACCAGGCUGCGGCAAGACAACACUGGCGCAUAUAAUUGCGAGUCACAGCCGGGAGCGCGGCACAAAAUUUGUGACACUCUCUGCAGUGGCUUCCGGAACCAAAGAUGUAAAGGACAUCGUAAGCAAAGCCCAGACUGAUCAGAAAAUGUUUCAAGCUAAAACGAUUCUAUUUCUCGACGAGAUCCAUCGAUUUAAUAAGGCCCAACAGGACGUUUUCUUACCUUUUGUAGAGAAAGGCAUUAUCACGCUAAUAGGUGCAACCACCGAAAAUCCGUCAUUCUCACUUAACUCUGCACUCCUUUCAAGAUGUAAAACGAUCGUGUUGGAGAAGCUGUCAUCAGAAAAUAUUAAAACAAUUGUGCUUCGUGCGCUAGAAUUUCUCGAAGUCAACAUCAUUCAGGAUAACAAAGAGACCGCCAGCGUAAAAGGUGGCUUAUCAAUUACUCAGUCCGCUAUUGACUUCGUAGUGGCUGUCAGUGAUGGUGAUUGUCGCACUGCAUUAAAUUCGCUUCAGACAGCUGUCGACGGAUUUCGUGACGUCGCAGAUUACGUUAUCACGAAAGAAGAUAUUAAAAGCAGUCUUAAAAAAACACACUUUCUUUACGAUAGAAAAGGCGAUAUGCAUUAUGACACAAUAUCGGCGUUCCAUAAAUCGAUGCGAUUUGGAAAAGAAAACGCAGCUUUGUACUACCUCGCUAGAAUGCUAAACGGCGGCGAAGAUCCUCGUUUUAUAGCCAGGAGACUCAUGGUAUUUGCAUCAGAAGACAUCGGUUUAGCCGACCCAACAAUGUUAAGCCUGGCUGCCGCAACACACCAAUCCUGCGAAAAAAUUGGAAUGCCUGAAUGCAGGAUCAUGCUUUCGCAUUGCACAGUGCAGUUCGCACGCGCACCGAAGUCGCGCGAGACCUACGAUGCCUAUGGCCGGGCAGAAAUUUUCGUCAGAGAAUUCGAAGGGCCACACCCUGCGAUCCCUUUAUCAAUACGGAAUGCUCCAACAAAGCUAAUGAGGGAACUUGGCUAUGCAAAAGGCGAGUACGGAUCCUGUAUGCCCGAAGGAAUGGAACAUAUCGACUUUUUCAAAGGACCCCCUCCGGCGCACCAUAAAUAGAUGUAGGUUACACUUUUGCUAGAAUAGCUUGAGGCUCGAUCGAGCAAACGAGGUGUCUGCUAAAAACUAGAGCAUACAUUUUAACCACGCCGGCAGGAUGUGUGCACCAAAGUGAAUGAUUGAAUAAUAUGCUGUGUCUUGGAUCCGUUUAAAUAAUGCUCUUCGACAAAAAUCUUUUUUGUUGCAUCGCAAAAAUGGCCAGAAUAAUUUUUCGGGCCAAAGACGGUAUCCCUGUGUGCGUGUACAGAUCAGACCGGUGGUCACGAUCGUGGCACUUCAAGCUGAACAUAUCCAGCCGCUUUUAUGCUCAGAAUUUUUCGUGUACUUUUUGUGCAUUUCCUAGAUGUUAUCCAAUCUUAGAUAUUUAAAUGUAUUAUUAAAGUUAUAUAUUUUACUUAUUAUUCCAUUUUAAGUACACUUUUAUAUACGUACAUAAGUUGUCGGCAAAGCCGAGUAAAAAAUGAAUAGUAUUAUCAACAAAAGCUUAAAUGGGUAAUCCUCUGUUUUUUUACCAUUGAAGUAAUCUUAAGGCAAAUGUAAAAUAUAGCAUUAUUUGAGGUUAUGUUACUACUAACUAGCUUGUAUAUGCAAAAAUAUGAAUAGAAUGAUUAAUACAUUUAGACUAAAAUAAAACUGCUUUAAAUGAAAAUCAAGCUGAAGCUGGUAUUUUAUUUACAUACU